UCAGAACCUCCAGCUGACCCACAGACCGCCGGACCGGACUGAGACCUCCGAAGAGUUCUGGACCGAACCGCGUCGAGACACUUCGGAACCGAACAGAGACGUGUUCACACUAAAGAUGGAGGUCUGUCACACCGGGUUCUACACCGAGGACUUCAGCUCGCAGGAGGUACCGGCCGGGUUCGACUUUGGACCCUAUGACGGUCCUGGUGAAGACCUGUCUUUUCUGUUAGACAGCAAACCGUGUGGACCUCAGCAGUUUGGGUCGGACAGAACCUACACAGAACCGCAGAAGUCCAUUCAUCAUUAUGACACCAAAGGUAACGACACCAACCUGUUCAACCUGGACUCGUACCCAGACUUCACCUGGUGGAGCUCGUCGUACCCCCACGAUGGACCGGACCAGAACGGGUACCAGGAGUCCCUGCAGACCUACCAGAACCUGUCGACCCAGACGGGACAGUUCAGCCCGUCUGUGGAGGGCAGCCACAGCCCGUUCCUGACCAAAGGAUCAAAGACUGAUUCUGAUCAGAACUUCUACGACCCAGACGGGCAGAGACAGACCCCGUCCUUCUGGUCCGAGUACCCCAGUUUCCAGGCCCCGCCUCCAGGAUCCUCUAACCCCGCCCUCCAGCCUCCAGAGCCCUACUGCCCCCGUGUGGCCAAACGAAGAACCGCCCCCCUCCAGAGACCAGAUCGGGAGGGCCCAGUGCCGGGGAUGUCAGCUUAUCCGGGUUCUGGUCCCAUCCAGCUGUGGCAGUUCCUCCUGGAGCUCCUCCUGGACUCAGCCUGCAGAACCUUCAUCUCCUGGACCGGAGACGGCUGGGAGUUCAAGAUGUCCGACCCAACAGAGGUGGCCAAACGUUGGGGUCAGUGUAAGAACAAGCCGAAGAUGAACUACGAGAAGCUGAGCCGCGGCCUGCGCUACUACUACCACAAGAACAUCAUCCACAAGACGGCGGGCAAACGCUACGUCUACCGUUUCGUCUGCGACAUGCAGGGCAUGCUGGGAAAGACGGCGCAGGAAGUCCUGAGCAGCAUGAACAUCCCGCCCACCGGAUCCGAGUCCUGGAGGUCCACGGGGGUCACCUCGGGGGUCACCUCGGGGGUCACGGCAGCCGAGCACGGCGGCGGGACGUGGGGGUCGCAGUGACGACGACUCUGGUUCUGCAGAGAUCGUCCUAAAGACACAAAACUACAAAUCUGUCAAAUCUCAGGAAAUCCGGAGUGCAGAGAUCAAAGAUCAGAAAUCAGAGAUCAAAGAUCAAACGGUCUGAAGCACUAAAGACAGAAAACUGUAAGUAAUGUUGAUAAAAACACCAUGUAGAGUUUUGUUCUUUCACUUUAUUUUAAUAUUAUUAUUGUUAUUUUUGAUACAAAACUCACGUCUACCUCCAAGACCUCUGGGAUGAACAGAGUGGUGUUUGAUUUAUGAUAAUUGUUUGUAAAUAAACUGUGAGUAAACAAACAGGAA